UUCUCAAUCCUCUAAGGCAGUAGCAGUAACAGCACAGAAUCAAUUCAUUCGAUCCAUCAAUGGAGAAAAGCGAUGCAGCAACGAUUGAAAUUGCAGAAACCAGCAGGGAAAGGAAGGGGAAAUUACCUUUUUCAGGCGCUCCGGCGGCGGCGCUAGGGCGUGUGAAGGCGGCAAGAGGACACAACCGCGGCAUCGGGAUAUUCGACCUUAUUCUCCGAAUCUGCGCGGCGGUUACGACCUUGGCCGCAGCCGUUGCCAUGGCGACCGCCGAAGAAACGCUUCCGUUUUUCACUCAGUUCUUCCAGUUCGACGCCGGAUACGACGAUAUGCCGACGUUCUCAUUCUUCGUCAUAGCCAUGGCGAUCGUCACCGGUUACCUUUUCCUCUCCGUACCGUUCUCCAUAGUCUGCAUUAUCCGGCCGAUCGCCACCGGACCGAGGAUGCUCCUCAUGCUAUUCGACACAAUGAUGCUCACUCUAGCAACCUCCGCCUCCGCCGCCGCGGCGGCGAUAGUGUACCUGGCGCACAACGGCAACUCGUCGGCGAAUUGGCUGGCGAUAUGCCAGCUGUACUCCGAUUUCUGCCAGAAGGUGAGCGGAGCGGCGGUGGCAGGCUUCGUCGGCGUCGGAGUUCUUAUUCUCCUGGUGCUGGCCUCCGCCAUAGCAAUGAGAAGACAUUGACGAAGGACAACGGUGCCGGAAUUUGUGGUGGUGCAUAUUAUAUAUAUAUAUAUAUAUUUGGAUCCUCAUUUGCUUUAAAUUUAUAUAUCUUACUUCGAUGUAAUUCGUCGAUUUGGUUAUUCUUCCUUUUUUCUUUUUUUAUUUGAUUUGUGAUUGUUGGUUGGUAUGAAAGAUGAUUCUUGUGUAUCUCUGAUUCUGUGAUGGUUGAUUGACA